AUGGCAAACUCCAAAUUCGAGUACGUCCGUACUUUUGAGACGACGGAUGCUCUACUGCCCAACACAUGGAUAGUGGUUCGAGUAGACGGGAGAGGGUUCACAAAGAUGUGUGCCAAGUAUGGUUUUGAAAAGCCAAAUGACCGAAGAGCCUUGGAUCUCAUGAACACGGCAGCCAAGGCGGUUGUGACUGACCUGCCCGAAAUCACCAUCGCCUACGGUGUCAGUGACGAAUACAGCUUUGUUUUUCACAAGGCAUGCACUCUGUUUGAGAGGAGAGCCAGCAAACUUGUUAGCACUGUUGUCUCUACCUUCACGGCCAACUACGUCUUUUCGUGGUCGACCCAUUUCCCGGAUACCCCUCUAUCAUCACCGCUUCCAACCUUUGAUGGCCGGGCCGUUUGUUACCCCAGUGUUCAGAAUCUCCGGGAUUAUAUGAGCUGGCGGCAAGUAGACUGCCACAUCAACAACCUAUACAACACAACAUUCUGGUCUCUAAUUCAACUUGGAGGCUUGGAUAACAAAGAGGCUGAGAGGACACUUGCUGGCACCCUGGCGGCCGACAAGAACGAGAUCCUCUUCUCACGGUUCUCGAUCAACUACAACAAUGAGCCCGAGAUUUUCAAGAAGGGCAGCGUCAUCUUCCGUGACUACGAGCUGGUCGAUCCCAACUCGCACAACAUCACGCAAACCAUCGACGCUCAGGCAGAGCCGGUUCAACAGUCCAAGUCCCAAAAGGAGAAGGACAAGAAGAGCCGGGCCAAGGCGCGUGUCGUCGUGGAGCACCUCGACAUCAUCAAGGACGACUUUUGGGAUCGAAGACCCUGGCUCCUUUCCAACAAGCCAGGCAAGAUUCCAAAGGAGACGUAA